AUGGAUGAUGGCUAUAGAAACACAAACCAGGUCUCAGAUGACUACAGGUACCAGGAUGGCAACUACGACACACCCAAUGACGGCUACUACCGGGGCGGGGACGAGCCCGCGCAGGAAGAGGAUGCCCAGAGUGAUGUUACAGAAGGCCACGAUGAGGAUGAUGAGGUCUAUGAGGGCGAGUACCAAGGGAUCCCACACCCAGAUGACAUUAAAGAAAAGCAGAAGAAGCGAGCCCCUGCCAUGGAUGAUGAGUACAGAGACCGUGCUGACCUUAUGGCCGAGAGGAUGGAGGAUGAGGAGCAGCUUGCCCACCAGUACGAGAACAUCAUUGAGGAGUGUGGCCACGGACGCUUCCAGUGGACUCUCUUCUUUGUUUUAGGGUUGGCACUUAUGGCAGAUGGGGUGGAGGUGUUUGUGGUUGGAUUUGUUCUUCCCAGUGCUGAGAAGGAUAUGUGCUUGUCCAGUUCCAACAAAGGGAUGCUGGGCUUGAUAGUCUACUUAGGAAUGAUGGUGGGGGCUGUCUUGCUGGGUGGCCUCGCUGAUAAACUGGGAAGAAAGCAAUGCCUCAUCAUAUCACUUGCAAUCAAUGCUGCCUUUGCAUUCCUCUCCUCCUUCGUCCAGGGAUACGGAUUCUUCCUCUUCUGCCGCCUUAUCUCGGGCCUCGGUAUUGGGGGCACCCUCCCCAUCGUGUUUGCCUAUUUCUCUGAAUUCCUGUCUCGUGAGAAGAGGGGGGAGCACCUGAGCUGGCUUUGCAUGUUCUGGAUGAUUGGUGGCAUUUAUGCCUCAGCAAUGGCUUGGAGCAUCAUCCCACAUUACGGCUGGGGGUUCAGCAUGGGAACCAAGUACCACUUCCACAGCUGGAGAGUUUUUGUACUCGUCUGUGCUCUGCCCUGUAUUGCCUCCCUGGUGGCGCUGAAAUUCAUGCCUGAAAGCCCACGGUUUUUGCUGGAGAUUGGUAAACAUGAUGAGGCUUGGAUGAUACUCAAGCAAGUUCAUGACACCAACAUGCGGGCCAAGGGCGAGCCAGAGAGGGUGUUUACGGUUUCCUAUAUCAAAACUCCAAAGCAAGUAGAUGAAUUUAUUGAAAUCCAGAGCUCAACAGGGACCUGGUACCAGCGGUGGCUGGUCAGAAUCACAACUACUUUAAAACAGGUCUGGGACAACGUGCUAUAUUGUUUAACAGCCCAGUACAGGAUGAACACACUGAUGCUGGCUGUGGUUUGGUUUACAAUGGCCUUAAGUUACUAUGGCCUUAUUGUCUGGUUCCCUGACAUGAUCCGGUAUUUCCAAGAUGAGGCAUAUGAAUCCCGAGUGAAGAUAUUUGAUGAGGAAGAAGUGUCCCAUUUCACCUUUAAUUUCACCCUGGAAAACCAGAUCCACAGAAAUGGGGAAUACAGGAAUGACAAAUUUAUUGGCAUGAAAUUCAAGGAAGUGAGAUUUGAGGAUUCAUUAUUUGAGGAUUGCUACUUUGAAGAUGUGAGAUCCAGUGAGACCUUCUUUGAAAACUGCACCAUCAUCUCUACUGUCUUUUAUAACACCGAUCUCUACGAACACAAAUUCAUCAACUGCAGGCUCAUCAACAGCACGUUCAUGAAGGAGAAGGAAGGCUGCCACAUCGACUUUGAGGAGGACAAUGAUUUUCUGAUCUACCUGGUCAGCUUCCUGGGCAGCCUGUCCGUGCUGCCAGGCAACAUCAUCUCCGCAUUGCUCAUGGACAAAAUUGGGAGGAUCAAGAUGAUUGGUGGCUCGAUGCUGAUCUCAGCCGUGUGCUGCUUCUUCCUGUUCUUCGGGAACAGCGAGUCGGCGAUGAUCGGCUGGCAGUGCCUCUUCUGUGGGGCCAGCAUCGCCGCCUGGAACGCCCUGGAUGUCAUCACCGUGGAGCUCUACCCCACAGACAAAAGGGCAACAGCCUUUGGCAUCCUCAAUGGUCUUUGCAAGUUUGGUGCCAUCCUGGGGAACUCUAUCUUCUCCUCCUUCGUAGGGAUAACCAAGGUGGUUCCCAUCCUUCUGGCCUCCUCCGCUCUGGUUGGGGGUGGCCUGCUCGCUUUGCGCCUGCCAGAGACUCGAGAACAGGUCCUGAUGUGA